AAUUUUCCUCUCUUUAUUUUUAGAUUUUUUUCAUGUGAACUUCCAGACUUUGAAAUCAAUGUUCUUUUAAAGAGCUGUUCAGUCCUGGAUUUUCUAGCCUGAUAGUUCGCUGUGGAGCCACAAGAACAGCUGAGUUGGUACAACUCUUCGCAGCGUGAGGGCAGGAUGAUUUAGCAAGAGUGGAACUGCUUAGGAAACAUCCCAUCGCUGCCUAAAACUUGGAUCACCCAUGAAGCUAACAGGCUAGACAAACUGAUGUCAUUGUAUGUGGUUCUGUCUGUUGACUUCAAGGAGAGUGGUAAAUGCUGGCAGGAGUACAGGAGGAACUACUGAGAAUGGUCAUAUGGUAAAUUAUUGCAGCAAAAUCUGUCAAUUUGGGGCAGUCUGUUAAGUUUCCGGGAAAGGCUUACUGAAUAAUGUAUGUGAACUGUACCAACUAAGGGAGCAAUAGGAAUUAGUGGGUUCUUUCUUUUUUAAGUGCAGACUGAUUAAAGGACCCAGAGGUCAGUACUUUCAUAAUGUUAAAACUUGUUACAGUGGUACAGCUAAGGAAGUGGGUAAAAUGGUAAAUAAGAGUUUGAUGCGACGCGAGAAGGAUAGAUGCAUCUUGGGAAAACACAGGUAAAGAUGGGAAGUUAAAGAAAGACAAUGCCCAUUACAAGUUUUGGAUCUUGCUCUCCUAGAUUCCAGUAGCUGGAAUCCUGUUAGCACUGUCAGUGGCAAGUUUGAUUCAGACUGGAAGCCUGGGGUGAGCAAAGAGGUUCCUAUGUAUCAGACACAAGAGAAUGCACCUGAGAAUACCUUUAUUUAAAAGAAAAAUUACAGCUAUUCCAAGUACAGUUUAAUUAAUAAUUUGGAAAUUUUAAUUAAUAAUCUAGUCCUAUAAAAUGUCAAGGUCAUUUUCUUUCUGUUAACUAGGUCUACUGGAUCUGCAGCACUCCCAUCUCUCAAGGCCUAUUUUAACCUGAAUAAUGGGGAAAACCCCUCUUGCUUGGCAUCAUCCUCCAAAAUGUACAUGUGGCUGACCGAAACAUGCUGAGCGUGGUGAUGUUGCUUACAAAUAUUCAGUAUGUAUUGUUGAUGGUAGGGGUUUUGCCAUUGCUGCCAGCGAUGGAUGAUCUUGUCCCUGAUGUUCUGCCAUUUGGCUGGUUUUAUUUAAUAACUCUUCCCUUUGCUACAGCCUCCACUCCUUCAUUUGGUUUGAUAUUCCAGUAAAAGAUAAGACCAGUCACGCUUUCCAGAGAAAUAGAAGAUUUCAGCAGAGAAUAUGCAGAAAUAUGGGACAUAGUGUUGCGGUGAUUGGUAUGUGACCCUAGGUGGAAUCACUUUAUCCUCGUCCUGGCUGGGUUGAAUUAGAUCCUGAAGUGCUAUGGAGCCAGUUUGUUGAUGUAAUAAAAGAAGCUGUACAAGCUGCGGGACUUCACAUGAGGCAAGUUGCUGGUCUUGGCAUCUCAACACAGAGAGCAACUUUCAUUACAUGGCACAAGAGGACAGGGAAACCUUUUCAUAAUUUCAUAAGUUGGCAAGAUGUAAGAAGUGCCGAGCUUGUGAAUUCAUGGAAUAAGUCCCUUCUGCUGAAGGUAAUCCAUGUUAUUUUUACAGUGCUUCAUUUCUUCACUGGGAAUGAUCGGUAUCUAGCACCAAGUUUUUUUACUUUUUCAACACAACAAACUUCUAUGAAGUUGUCAUGGGUUUUUAAAAACAUACAUGAGGCAGAAGAAGCUGCCAAAAAAAAUAACUGCUGCUUUGGAACAGUUGACACGUGGUUACUGUAUAGAUUAACUAAAGGUUCUGUGUAUGCUACAGAUUACUCAAAUGCCAGUGCUACAGGUGUUUUUGAGCCCUUUACGAAAUGUUGGAACCCCACUUUGUGUAAUUUACUUUCCAUUCCCAUGUCUAUUUAUCCACCAGUGAAAGACACAAGCUUCAACUUUGGAUCAGCUGACUCUGAAAUAUUUGGGGUACCUAUUCCAAUAAUGGCAGUGGUAGCAGAUCAGCAGUCAGCUAUGUUUGGAGAAUGCUGCUUUCACCCAGGAGAUGUUAAAGUGACAAUGGGAACAGGUGGUUUCUGGAACGUGAAUACUGGAGAGCAUCUCUUUGCAUCACGGAGAGGUCUGUAUCCACUGAUUGGUUGGAAGAUUGGGGAAGAAGUUGUUUACGUAACUGAAGGCUGUAUGUCAGACGUUGGCACUGCCAUAAAAUGGGCUCAGGAUAUAAAUCUCUUCACCAAUGUAGAUGAAACAGCGAAAAUGGCACGGAGUAUUGUUGAUUCUCAAGGCGUUUGUUUUGUUCCAGGUUUUCAGGUUUCUGUGAAUGACCCAUAUUUAUGUGCCUCUUUCAUGGGGCUGAAACCCUCCACUACUAGAAACCAUCUUGUACGAGCUAUAUUGGAAUCUGUAGCUUUCAGAAACAAACAGCUUUAUGAUAUGAUUGUGAAGAAGGUACACAUUCCUCUUCAAACAAUUCGAGCUGAUGGAGGUGUCAGCAAUAAUAGUUUUGUCAUGCAGAUGACUUCAGAUUUAAUUAAUAAGAAAAUAGAAAAACCUGUGAAUACAGACAUGUCGAGUCUUGGCGCGGCUUUUCUAGCAGGCCUUGCUUCAGGAUUUUGGACUGACAAAGAACAACUAAAGAAGCUAAGGCAAAUAGAAGUAGUUUUUGAGCCCCAGAAGGACUUGGAGGAAUACAAACCUGCUAUGGAUACCUGGCUACAAGCAAUGAAACGCUCUCUGCACUGGUAGAAAUUGGCAUUUUAAUUAUAGAGUAAUUGAAAUGGUUUAAUUCGUGUUUAUAAAAUCUUGACAGUAACGGGACAGUAAAAACCUGUCCUGUUUGAAAUUUGUGAUGGUAUAGAUAUGAAGUUAUACAGUACUCCAGUUACCUUCUUCCCCCCCCGCUAGAUUACCUACCACACCAUAAUGAACCCUCCUAUCAUCCCUAUGACAGCUGUCGUCCAGCUGCAGCAUUUGUGUCCCUUCAGUGACCUCCUCUGGGUGGCCCAGCUGCUUGAAUCCUCCCCUGUACUAGAGAUGGGGAGUCUUUUUCCUGUGAUGGGUUUUCUACCAAGGAACUCGCCUCCCUUCAGAUCUUUAAAAUCUUUGGUAUGUUAAUCAUCAAAGGGUAAAAGGCACAUUCGCUAGAUAUUUCUAAGAAACGCAAAAUGAUUUUUGGGGCUUGGGUUGUGAUGAACUUGAUUGAAUACAAAGGUAUUUUCUGAUUAGUAGCCUGUUACCAUCUUUUGGUUGACUUCAUAAGGAAGCAUUUGACCCAGCCCUGUGAUGACAUUUUUGCGUACUUACAUUUAAGAUGAAAUAAAAAAGGAAAUAGGGUUUCAGUACUCUAUUUUAAUAAACAGAAAAUCAGGAUUUUUGUAGCUGAUGGUUCCUAUUUAGCUUGUAGCACAAUUUUUUCUUUUUAAUUUUCUAAAGACCAACAGCUAUAUUAUUAUCUGGCAUGGCUAAUGCAAAUACAUUAAAAGUAGUUACAGGUAUGCUAUCUAAAUUGUAAAAAUCUGUAGAAUUAGUAUUUUCAUACUAUUAGCUAAAGGGGGUAAGAGUCUAUUUUUGAAGCUAUUAAUUACUAUUACAUUUUUAAAACAAAUAAAUUAUAAUUUUAAGAAAUGUGUAGUUAAUUAUUCUUAUGUAUUUGAUUAUCACUAAUCUUAAAUCACUAUAAUUUUCUCAGGAGUAUGUGUAAAUAAAAAAUGUAAAAUUAUUAAACAUUUUCAAUUCAGAAUAAUAUUAAAUCCAAGCAGUGGGUGAUCGUGUUCCACAGACACUGGAGACAAGAAAUGUUUGUAGAUUUAACAUUAUUGAAGAGGUGCAAGAAGCUAUCAUUCACUUUUCCUUGUGCUGAAACAUGGAAGAUCAAAUCAUAUGCCAUUCUCUCAGUUUCUUACACAGACAUCUACCAUGAGUUGGAACAUCUACUCUAGCUGUGUUCUUCUUUAAACUACAUCUCAUUUGCCUGUCACCCUUAGCUUAAUGUACCAUUUUUCAUAUUAUGGUACUUUGUCUUUCAACCUGUUCUACAUCUUGGCACAUUUUUUUUUUCAUCUGGGUGUCCUUCAAGUUGCAGAGACCAUUUUCUCCUGAACCUACUUUUAUGGGAAUCGUGAACUGAAGUCCAGAAACAGGUCUGUCUGCUGAUUUCUAGUAAUAUGGCAGGCUUUUUUCUUCUUUUUUUUUUCUUUUUGGAGCAUAAAAUGUGGCUGUCUAGGUGACAAGACUCUAAAGUCCAUUGAUGAGGUUCCCUUCACUCCUCUGCCUGCUGUAAGGUAAGAACCUGUAGUUACAGGAUACAUGGAACACUCAUUUUGCUUCAAUACCCGUGUUCAGCUUGUGAUUUUCUCUGUCAUCAACCUCACUGCUAAAGAAAAUGCUCAUGGGCAAGAAGGUUCUACUAGGCUGAACUUUCUACUGGGCUUUCAGUCUGGCAUUUUGAAUGAAGUUUGUGCCUCAGUCACUGGUGUUCUACACUUUGUUCUCACUGAAGGAGUUUAUUUUCAUCAAAGUCUGCCUAGGGAUAACAUCCACCUAUUACCCUCUUGAUGAAGGCUGCUUGACUUAUGUUCACUGAAUAGUUCUGUGGUGUUCUGGGCUUGAUGAGGGUUCCCUCAGUUUUCCCAGACAGAGCUCUAAUGGGAGCUGAAGUGGAUUCUGUUCAGAUCACUUCUCUGAAGGUAACUCAGCUAGCCAUGUGCCUUAUACUGCCUUAUGCUUUACAUAGUGACGGCCAUAGGACAGCUAGAAAGACAGAAGAUACCCAAAACAUUAUACAGUCCUCUUGCUCUAGAUAGUGUCCUAGAAGGACCUAUUCUGGUAAACUUUUGUCACUGUUUAAUUUGAAGCAGAAAAUUUAACCUGUUUUCCUUUCAGUAGCCUCAAAUCUACAGGAGAGAAACUUCACUGCAAAUUAAGGAUGCAAAAAGGCCUUACUAUAGUCGCCAUCCCAGCCUUUCAAAUGACUUGCAGAGCUGUGUUCUGUUGUGAAGAGGCUCAAAGUAGUGAGCAAGUCAUUCUGAAAUGAAUGGUGUGUCUUUAAGUCUACCAAGAUGGAGCAGCCUUUGGAGGUGAGAUCAGAGCAUCUGCCACAGCUUGUGAUGUGCAGUUGUCCAAAGAAUGAACAGACUGAUCAGCAUCUUGAAGAAAUUUGGUUACUGAUCACUAAGCCUCUUUUGCUUGCCUGUUACAAGAAUAAAUGAUUUUACUUCCUCAG